GUUCGCGGCGUGAGAGCCGCUUCCGGGUCGCGCUGCCGGAAGCAGGAAGUCGUUGGCCCCUCCUCCUCGCCCGGCGACUGGCGUCCCCGAGGCGGGAGGAGCCCGAGAGGGCGCGGGCCCGCAUGGACUGAGGCCCGGCCGGAGUUGUGGGAACCAUCUCACAAGAGCUGCCCUGCUUCCAUUCCUGAAGUCUCCCUCCACUGUGAACCAGCACCCUGACUCGCCCCUGGCAGGCCUCUCUUGAAAGUCAGGCUCAGCUCUUUUCUUUGAGCAGGACCAUUCUUCAUUGUGGAGGACUGUCUGGGCUCUCUCUGUGUGAUGCUGGCCCUUACCCACUAGAUGCCAAUAGGACUUCCAAUUUUGACAACAAAGAUGGGGAAGAAACCCUUCAGACAUCACCAGAUGCCCCCCAAGAGCAGAGUCACUCUUGGUUGAGAGCUGCUGUCCUGAAGUAGCUGCCUUUGUUACUUCAGUUUGUUUUCUGUUGCUGGGGAUUGAACCAAGGCUCUUCUGCUGAGCUAGACCCCUGGCCCCAGAGUGUGCCUUGAAUCAGCAGGGAAGAGGCUUGAAAGCAUUUUGUUGAGUCCCGCGCGCCCAGAGUUUGCAGGAACUCAAUACCACAGUCUCCUGUAUCGGGCAAUCAGCAGUGCGUCCAUUUUCAGUGUGCCCUUCUGAGCAGCGGGUUGAACUCUCCCACUGACCUGCCUGGGGCAGUCAUCGCUUGUUCAGUGUUCCCGUGCCUGGCUGUGCCUGCCACCUACUUGUUAGGAACGUAGCAGGGUCUUAAUCCCCAUGCCUGUGUCCUUCACCUCCCAUGGUUUGUGUGGGCAUUAAUUAGCCCAUCACAGCAUCAUAAGAAGGGCUUGCACUGGGGGUCUGGAAACAUCUCCCCAUCGCUAACGGAGGAUGACUGUAUGUCAAGGGUGGGACAGAAGCCUUGGUUUGCUGACUCCCCGGUGACCCUGCCUGUGCCCUUGCAGAGUUAAACCACUGUUAAAGAGUCAAGCUCAUUCUUCCGACCUUCCCUCCGAGACAAAGCUCCUUUCUGCCAGGCCGGACCCUCUUUCUGGAGGGAUUUCCUUUUGGAAGACAUGGAUCUUGCUGCUAAUGAGAUCAGCAUCUAUGACAAACUUUCAGAGACUGUUGAUUUGGUGAGACAGACAGGCCAUCAGUGUGGAAUGUCAGAAAAAGCGAUUGAAAAAUUUAUCAGACAGCUACUGGAGAAGAAUGAACCUCAAAGGGGACCACCCCAGUACCCUCUCCUCUUAGCCCUGUAUAAGGUCUUCCUAACUCUGGGAUUAAUCUUGUUCACUGCCUACUUUGUAAUUCAACCUUUUAGCUCCUUAGCACCUGAGCCAGUGCUUUCGGGAGCUCACACCUGGCGCUCACUCAUCCAUCACAUUCGCCUGAUGUCCUUGCCCAUUACCAAGAAGUAUAUGCCAGAGAAUAAGGGCGUUCCUCUGCAAGGUGGAGAGGAAGACAAACCCUUCCCAGACUUCGACCCCUGGGCAUCGAGUGACUGUGAGCAGAACGAGUCGGAGCCCAUCCCUGCCAACUGCACUGGCUGUGCCCAGAUGUUACCCCUCAAAGUAACGCUCCCAGAGGACACGCCGAAUAGUUUUGAGAGACUCCGUCCUCUAGUGAUCAAGACAGGACAGCCUUUGUUGUCUUCAGAGAUUCAGCAUUUCUCAUGCCAGUACCCUGAAGCCACAGAGGGCUUCACUGAGGGGUUUCUCACCAAGUGGUGGCGCUGCUUUCCUGAGAGGUGGUUCCCGUUUUCUUACCCAUGGAGGAGACCUCUGAACAGAUCACAAAUCUUACGGGAGCUUUUUCCUGUUUUUACCCAACUUCCAUUUCCAAAAGAUGCCUCCUUAAACAAGUGCUUCCUGGUCCACCCGGAACCUGUGGUGGGUAGCAAGAUGCAUAAGGUGCAUGAUUUGUUCACUGUUGGCAGCGGGGAAGCCAUGUUGCAGCUCAUCCCUCCUUUCCAGUGCCGAAGACACUGUCAGUCUGUGGCCAUGCCGAUAGAGCCUGGAGAUAUUGGCUAUGCGGGUGCUGCCGACUGGAAGGUCUACAUUGUAGCCAGAGGGGUCCAGCCUCUGAUCAUCUGCGAUGGAACCACUCUCUCAGAACUGUAGGAGACAGCUGUCUGUGGGAACUACCUGAAGAGCUGGAAACCAGGCUGGAAAGAGUGGGGAGGGGAAUAAAAACGCUGAAACAGUC